CUACAAGCUACUACUUCCGGUUCCAUUCAAGCAACAGCUUUAAUCAGUUCUCUAAUAACACUCUGGCUCUAAUGGUGAAUGUAAACUAUGUCCAACAAAGAAGUGAAAGCCGCACUGAAAAGUGCCAGAGAAGCCAUUAACAAUAAAGAGUUCAAAGAGGUCUUAAAGCACUGCAAGGCUGUUCUGAAACUUGAAAAGAAUAAUUACAAUGCCUGGGUGUUCAUCGGCAAGGCAGCCAGCGAGCUGGAACAACCCGAUCAGUCCCAAGCAGCUUAUAAAAAGGCAGUGGAGCUGGAGCCUGAGCAGCUGCUGGCCUGGCAGGGAUUGGCAAAUCUUUAUGAAAACACUGAUCAGUGGGAUUUCAAAGAUGAACUGCCUAAUGUCUACCAGAAGCUUGUGGAGCUUUAUGCAAGGACGGAUAAGAAUAAAAGCUAUGACAUGAUCAAAAAGCUGUCAGAUAUUUAUCUGUCCGACAGGGAGUAUUUGAAGCUGGCUAAGGUUUGGCUCCAGCUCGUCCAACUGAAGGAGGAAGACGGCGCGGAAAAGAAGGAGUUAGUUCAGUUAUUGCAAACAAUGACCCAGCUCCUGUCUGACUGCGUCACUGAGAAUGAGAAGCAGGAUAACGAGACUCAGCAACACUUGAUAACGGCGUUUGAGAAAGCCAUGACUCUCACUGAACCGAUGCCUGGAGAGGAGCACAGGAAGCUCUCGGCUGAUUUUAUUAAAUAUCUCUCCAAACUACCACAUGAGGAAGGCAAAAUGAAAGAGGCGUGUCGCUCCAUGUUGUCUGUGUAUCCGAACCAAAGCUAUCCUCUCGAGGUCCUUUGCAGUCAUUUUCUCAAAACAAGUAACGUGGAUGAUGAUGCAGUCAGCUGUUUCUCCAGACUCCUGGAACUGGUACCUAACAGUGGAUUGGGUCACUUGGGUCUGGGUACCAAGGCUCUGCUGGAGGGGAGGUAUAAAGAAGCUGUAGAUGACCUGGCAAAGGGAUUAAAGAAAACAAGCUCUGCAGGUGGAUGGUACAGUCUGGCUGAGGCUCAGUUUAAAAUACAUAGAUACUCCGACAGCGCUGCAUCAAGCUCACAAGGCUUAAAUGUUUGUACUUCUGAUGACAAGAAGCUAAGAGACAAACUCCUUCGACUGAAGCUGGAGGCUUUAGUGAGAACUGAAGGAGAGCUGGCUGCCGAUCAGGCUCUGGAAACAUUUUCCCAGAUUCCAGAGGCUGUAAAGGAUCCGGUUCUGUUAGCCCUGAAAGGACGAGCGCACCUGAACAAAGGACAGCUUGAUCAAACACUCAAGCUGUUGUCGGAGCUGGAAGCGUCCAACCCCAGCCUGCCCCAGGGACUGACUCUGAGAGGACUGGCACAUUUGGCUGAGGGUCAGCUCCAGUUGGCAGAGCAGAGCUUCUUACAGGCAGCAAAGCAGACCCCAGACAGCGGGGAAUGUUUUUUCCUCCUUGGAAAACUUUACUGGGAUAUGGGCUCAGAAACUCGUAAAGACCGCAGCAAAACACACACACACCUGUUAAAGGCAGCAAAGUUAGAUCCACAUCUUGGCUGUGCGUUUCGCUACCUGGGUCAUUAUUACCGAGAGGUGGCAAAUGAUAGUGCUCGUGCACAAGGGUGCUACAGGAAGGCAUUCCAGUUAAACAGUGAUGAUGCUGAGUCUGGAGCUGCUUCAGUGGAUCUUAGUAUGGGACAGGGAGAUAUGGAGAGUGCAUUGGCGACGCUUGAGUCUGUGAUAGAGAAAGCAACUCCAGGCUCAGCUAAGUGGGCCUGGAUGAGACGAGGUCUGUACCACCUGAAGGUUGGAGAACACCAACAGGCCAUAUCUGAUCUGCAGGCUGCUUUGAGGGCAGAUCCUGAGGACUGGGUUUGCUGGGAAUGUUUGGGCGAGGCCUACCUGAACAGGCGGAGCUUCACAGCAGCUCUGAAGUCCUUCGGCAAAGCACAUCAGCUUCACCCCGGCUCCAUCUACAGCGUUUACCAGGCAGCUGCCAUCAAACAGACUCUGGGGAAGUUCAAAGAGGCGGUGGAUGAGUAUUUGCAAAUCACAACGCAGCAGGACUACGUCCCUGCUCUUAAAGGUCUUGGGGAGUGCCAGUUGUCUUUGGCAAAGAGUUUAAUGGAAGACUGCAGAGACGGAGGAGCGAUCAACCUCAUUCAACAAGCCAUACACAACCUCUACAGAGCGGUUCAGCUGCGGCCAGACCUGUCUUGUUUGUGGAAGCUGCUCGGUGACGCCUGCACCGCAGUUAGAGUUGUUUCGCCCAACAGGGCUCAGGUUGAGGUGCCAACCUUACUGACUGGAUUUGACUCCAGCAAACAGGAUCACAGGCUGAACCAAACUGAGACACUCAAAGCUGGAGAAAGGUGUUACGCUCAUGCUUUGAAGUUGAUGCCUGAGGUCGCCAGCCUUUGGUAUGACUUAGGGUUCAACUAUUACCACCAGGCCACUAUCUCCCCUUCAGAUCAACACCAAGACUGCCCCCCUUUGAACCUGCAGAAGGCCCAGCAGUGCUUGAAAAAAGCUAUCCAAAUGGACAGUGAGAACCAUACCUACUGGAAUGCCUUGGGAGUGAUUUCCAUGAGCAAAGGUCUGGAGAGCUACGGUUUGGCACAACAUUGCUUCAUUAAGUCCAUCCAAGUUGAGCCAAAUAAUGUUGUCGCGUGGACGAACCUCGGUACGUUGUAUUUAAAAAAGGACAAUAUAGAGCUUGCACAUGAAGCCUUCAAAAUCGCCCAGUCUUUGGAGCCACUGUAUGUCAACUGCUGGAUUGGACAGGCGCUGAUCGCAGAGCGCGUGGGAAGCUACGACACCAUGGAUCUUUUCAGGCACACCACUGAACUCUGCACACACAUGGAAGGAGUCAAAGGUUAUGCCUACUGGGUUUGUUCCACCCUUUUGGAUAAGACUAACAGAGACAGUGAGCUGUACCGCUACAACAUCGUCCAAAUGAAUGCCGUCUCUGCUGCUCAUGUCGCGCUCUGCAAGUACACAGAAAGAAUCCAGUCUGAUCCAGAUGCUUUUAUUAUGCUGGGUUACCUUAAUGAACACCUCCAGCUGAAGAGGCAGGCCUUACAGGCUUACCGGAGAGCUGUUGAACUGCUUAAGUCCACAUCCUCUUCAGAUCUGUUGGUCUUUUCACUCGGCGGAUACGCCCGUGCUUUAUGCAAUUCAGGCCAAUGGGAGGAAGCAGUGCAGGUUUUUAAUUCCACUCCACUUCAGGAUCUAACUGAGCUGGUAGGGCUUGCUCUGGCCUACUGCAGGGCGGGACUCUUCGCAGAGAGCAUUAGCGCAUAUGAGCGUGCCUUAGCUGUGACGUCCAAUGAGAAGGAGAAGGCUUAUAUUUUGACUGCUCUGGCUUUGCUGCAGCACCGAAUGGGCAACCUGGACUCUGCCAAAACUCUGCUUUUUAAAUGUUCCGUCUUAAAGGAGCCCAUCUCAGAGUCUCUGCUUUGUUUAUGUGCUCUGGGAUUGGUCCACAGUGAUGCUACACUAGCCGCUGCCGCCCUGACUGAGCUGCUGAAGCAAGGUUCAGCAUCAGGGGGGGUUGUAGAGCAGCGGUGUCUGCUGACCUGCUCCUUGCUGGCCCUUCAGGGAAACUACAGCGCAGUGCAAAGAGAGGCCUCCAGAGCUGUGCACAGUAAUCCUGGGAAUGCAUCCCUGUGGGCUCUUUUGUCCAGAGUAAUACCGCAAUACUACCCUAGAAAGGCCCGGGGGGGUGCAGUGGCAGGUCACAUUGCCUGCCUCUUUAGUAUGACUCAAGGAAAGAGGGCACUGUUGUACAGUGGAGUAAACCAAGUGGCUUAUGGGAAACAUACUGGAGAGGAUCCUCACAGAAAUGCAUUUAAGACUCUGCAGAAAGCUGUUGUGCUCUGUCCUGAUGAUCCAGCAACAUGGGCGGGAUUAAUGGCAGCCUGUCACACUGAAAACACCGCCUGUUAUCUUUCUGGCUCUCCUCCUCACAGACAGUCACUGGAACACACUUUAAUGUCUGUGGUCUCUGAGAAAGUGCGUAACGUAGAGGAGAUGGAGCGCCCUUUGCCUCAGGCUCUGGAAGGCUGGGUGCUACAGCAGGCUGUGUUAGGUCUAAGGCAACAAGGGCAGCUGGAGCAGGCUGAGGCUCUCUGUAUGCAGGUCCUCAGUGUGUCACCAGAGCACCCAGCGGUGCUGCUGUCACUGACACAGGUUCAGUGUCAGCGCCUCCUCCUGACCGAAGGCGGUACUGUUCUUCCAGAACAGGUCCUGGAAAAGCUAAACAAAGCAGUUCUGAUGAACCCUACAAACCUUGGAGCGUGGCAUUGGCUGGCUGAGGUGUAUCGUAACCAGGGUCUGCUAGUCCAGGCCGUCAUGGCAUAUAGACAGAGUCUGCAGCUUGCCCUGCAGCUGGGGGCACAUAGCUUCCAGGUGGCUAGUCUGCUCCGACUGGCUCUGUUAGCCCUUGGACCGUGCAUGGCUGGAGUCCCUGGAAAUGACUGGAAGGAUCUUGUGAUGGAAGCCACUACAGAGGUUCUGAAGCUGGGCUCUUCUCCCAUGGCCCUCCUCUUCCAGGCUUUGCUCCAAUAUGUGAACAAGAUGACUGCAAGAGAAACAAGGCGUUUGCUGGAGAGACUCGUCUAUGUUUCCUCUGAUGACACCCCAGUGACAGUGGUGCAGGUUGCCAGUUGGUACCUUCUCAGACUCUUGCAUGCCAAAAAUGACCAGGAACUCAUCAAUGUUCUUUUGCAGCAUGCUAAAACGACUGGUAAUCAAAGACUGCUGGAGCUUCACUCACAGCUGACGUCGUCCUCAUCCUGAAUGUUGCGUCAGCGUCGUUUUGCAUGUGUUGGAAUAAGCAGGUUACCAGACUGCUAUACAACCACAGACAAUUCAGCUUCUCUCCAUGUUUCUCCAUGAUGCUACAGAAAAUAUGAAUGUAAGGCAUCACAGGGCAUAUCUUAAUAAUCAUUUUUAUUUUUAUCAUGUCAUUUUUAUUUCAUUUUAUUUUUCUUUUCAUUCUAAAUAUUAAAUCAGUUUUUCUUUCAUUAUAUCAUGACAAUAUUUCCAAACAUUAACAUCUUCAUCCAGCACUAAAUAAAGACAUUUUGCCCAUCA